ACAGGAAAUUUAGUCUUUCUCACACCAGGACGGUGAAGCUGAAGGCAGAAGAGUUUGAAAACGAGAUUGGACGCAUUUGCAAUACCACUGUACAGCGCUCGUGUGAAGUAAUUUCCACGUUAUGCAAUAUUCUGUAAACAGGUGGGAAACUGUGAGAUAGACGCCACAGAAGAAGAUACAUGAGUGAAGGGCUUCAUGUUGCAUUACAGAAUGGAAGGCUGUGUUAUUUCACCUCUGUCAGAAGAAUUAAUUCCGUAUGAUGCAGAUGCUCGGCCGAUAUAUGACUUCUACCCGUAUCUCAGCACUGACCCUCAGACUCAUCUUGAAAGUGGCUGGGAAUACACAAGUGUUCAUGGCCAUCACAGUGAAUUUGAGCCUCCUCAAGGAAACCAUUUCACUGAGCUGCACCCCAGCACAUACCGCUUCGGGGACACGGAGGCCUUCCACCCAUCCGUAGAUUCACUUGUUCCUGUCGUUCCUCCACAGUAUACUUACGUCCCCCACCCACUGUACCAGCGGUCCCCAGUCCCCCACUGCAGUACUGAUGAUGAGGACCCAGGGGGGCGCAGUCCACCCUUCGAGGUGUCCGAGGGGGAGGAGGACAACGACAGACAUCCGGGCAUCUCCAGCUCAGGAAGCAAGCGGAAGGUGCGCCUCUAUCAGUUCCUCCUGGACCUCCUGCAGGACGGAGACAUGCGGGACUGCAUCUGGUGGGUGGACCGAGAGAGAGGCGUCUUUCAGUUCUCCUCCAAACACAAGGAGACACUCGCCGGCCGCUGGGGCCAGCAGAAGGGCAACCGCAAGAGGAUGACCUACCAGAAGAUGGCCAGGGCCCUGCGCAACUACGGCAAGACCGGAGAGGUCAAAAAGGUGAAGAAGAAGCUGACGUACCAGUUCAGCGGCGAGGUGCUGAGGAAGACGACUACGGAGAGGAGACAGUAUCAUCACUGACAUUUCCUUUAGAUCAAGGGUCUCGCACCUACAACAUUCACACAUUCUCUCCUGCAGCAUAACAUAUAAUCUCAGGGAUAUGUAAUAUGUAUAGUGAAGACAGGGAUAUAAUAUCAGAGUAAUUGACAAAUGGACAAAAUAGAUUUUUAAGAUUAAAGUUUCUGUAUUUGCAAAAGACUACACGCUGUAACUGGUAACGAUUUUAUUAUUAUUUUUUUUUACCUUUAAAGUGCUUUUAUUUCACUAUUGUAACAUUUCAAUUGUCCAGUGUUGUGACAAAUUAAUUGUUAAAAGUAUAUUUCAUGUAAUCUCUCAGUUAAUAUAUGAAAAUUGCAUGCAUGAUAAUAUGAUUCUUAUAAUGUUACACAUAUGGUAAUGGCAUGUUACUAUUAAGGACAUUUCAACGUGUUUUCACUCCCAUACGCUUCAUCCACACAAAUAAGUAAAGCUUUAACUUAUUUUAUGCUUAUUAAUGUGAAAAAUCUGUCUUUUUGUUAUGUGGAGGUGUCACGCCGCUGAAUAAAUGAACCUGGAAGUCC